AUUGAAAAUACUAAAAGUAAGAGCAUAGUUAUGUCAACUUAUGAUAAACUCAGAAGAUACUAUUUACUGUAUCAAACGCGCGGAUUAAAAUGUGACGGUUGCAAUCUUGGUCGUGACUACUAUAGUAUUGGUCAUCGCUGUUUUCGUUCUGGACUCUUCUUCCACAACGAGUGCGCCGAAUCCAGUGUAGAGAUUCACAACCUCUAUCAUCCACAACAUUCUCUCCACAUCAAAGUACUUAAACAAAAUGAAGAUGUCCAUGGAGAAUGCAAGCUAUGUAGAGGUAACUUGGCAAAAAUAUAUUACCAAUGUUCAACAUGUGAUUUUGCCAUCGAUUUAAUAUGUGCAAGAAAAAAAGUUGUGGCAACAAUUGAGGUUCCAAAGACCCAUGACCACCCUUUAUCCCUUAUUCCAAAGAUGAUUACGUUUACUUGUCAUUUAUGUGGAUUGCUUGAUGAUCGGUUUCCUUAUGCAUGCAAUUUAUGUGAUAUUACUUUUCACAAAGAUUGCGCCGAAUCCACACCAGAGAUCAACUACUCUUGUCAUCCUCAACACCUUCUCAAGCGUCUCACGCAUGUUCCAAGUUAUACUGAUGGAAAAUGUUGUUUGUGUGGAAGCAAACUUCAUAACUUGUUUUAUCACUGUUCUAUUUGCAAUUUUAGCGUGGAUGUCAACUGUGAAAAAAAUCCACCCUCUUUCACUCUUUUUCACCCUAAAGCUCAUGAGCAUAAGCUCACUCUUAUGCCGCAACGAAGUUUUGUAUGCAGCGCUUGUGGAAUGGAUGACGAUCCAAAUCCUUACGUAUGUCCUCAGUGUAAUUUCAUGAUUCACAGAAGUUGUAUUGAUAUACCACGCGUUAUUAAGAUCUAUCGUCAUGAUCACCAUAUUUGUUACAAUAACUUUCUUGACGCUGGAGAUUGGAAAUGUGGAAUAUGUCAUAAAAAGAUAAACUGGACAUGUGGGGCUUAUUCUUGUUCGGAAUGUCCAGAUCUUGUCAUGCACUUGAGAUGUGCCACAAGAUUCGGGAUAUGGAAUGGGAUUGAACUUGAAGGCAUAUCAAAAAAUACUCUAAAAGUCAAAUCAUACGAGGAGAUCGAAGAAGGGGUAAUAAAGCAUUUUAGUCACGACCAUACUUUAAAGUUUAAAGAAGGGAGUGAUGGUAACGGUGAAUGCAUACAGUGCACAAUAUGCACUUAUCCCAUAUUUUCUAAUCCAUUUUAUAGUUGCAUGGAGUGUGAUGAUUUCAUCCUUCAUAAAAAAUGUGUGGAUCUCCCAAAAAAGAAAAUAGAUUCUUUCUACAAGAUGUCGACCUCGCUAAUCACAAAUUAUCAGGGUAAUGCAGAAAACAUUUGCAAUGCUUGUCAAAACAUCUAUCAAGGUUUUUCUUACUUAAGUGAUGAUGGAAACACUUUAUUGGAUGUGCGAUGUGGUUCUAUUUCCGAGCCUUUUUUCCAUGAAAGUCAUCCUCAUUCGUUAUACGUCAGCUACUUAACAGGCGGCCGAUUUUGUAAUGCUUGUAGAGAAAAAGCAACAAUGGUUUUGAGUUGUGAGGAAUGUGAAUUUGUUUUAGACAUUAAAUGCUCUACUCUGCCAAACAUUGUUAAACACGAAAAUGAUAAAGAUCAUUUGUUGUCUCUAUGUUAUGGAGAAAACAAAUGUGAGCAAUGCUGGUGCGAGAUGUGUGAGGAGACAAUAAAUCCAAAGAAAUGGUUUUAUUCAUGUGAUCAUUGUGGCAUUGCUUUUCACAUCAGAUGCACACUUGGAGACUUCAUAUGGUUUAAACCGGAAAAAAAAUCUGAAUCAUCCACCAAUUGUGUGAUUCUUAAUAAUCGUGCAAGUCGGCCAUUUUGUUAUUCUUGUAAUUCUCGCUGUAAAUACCCAUCCAUCUUGUUUUUCUAUGGGAAAACAUUGUGUUCUUUGCAAUGUUUCCAACAAAAAGUUUAUGCAAUCCUGGCAUAAAUCUUAUUUAUUUUCUCAAAUAUUUUAUGAUAAAAAACAAAUUAGAUUAUGUGUUGCAUGUUAAUACUAUAUAUAUUUU